UCACGUGACACGAAAAUACCCGAGGUUGAAGUGUUACUGACGGUGCUUAUAAAUAUCAAGCGUCAGCAAGUGGGGAGUCUCUUUUACAUCUUAACACUGUUCAGUGGUGCAUUCCCUCUUUUUUUUUAACGUUAUUAUCAUAACGUUUGUGUACUUGUGAUUGUGUAUAGCGCCUCAUCUCGCGCGAAGAUAACAACGUGUAACAGAAAUCAUCGCAGCUCGACAUUUCUACACAGGAGCAGUAUACGGUUCUAGCGUGUACUCGCUCAAUAGAUUUUGUUCAACGACACUCGUGAGACGAUUGAAGUUGCUAGCACAAUUCAAUAGUAUUGAAAUACAAAAGUCGACAAUUUUUAAAAGAGGAAAAAUGCCGGAGACAGCACAUCAUAUGAAUGGAUACGCAAAUGGCCACUCACCACCGGAACUUCAUCAAAAUACCAAUUUUUUGUUCACCUCAGAAUCCGUUGGCGAGGGUCAUCCUGAUAAAAUGUGCGACCAAAUAAGUGAUGCCAUAUUAGAUGCCCAUUUGAAACAAGAUCCGGAUGCUAAAGUUGCCUGUGAAACGGUAACGAAGACGGGAAUGAUUCUUCUGUGUGGAGAAAUUACAUCAAAAGCAGUUGUGGAUUAUCAAAAAAUUGUACGAGACACCGUGAAUCACAUAGGCUAUGACGAUUCUUCGAAAGGAUUCGAUUGGCGUACGUUGAACCUUUUGGUGGCAGUCGAACAACAAAGUCCGCAUAUUGCUAGCGGCGUCCAUGUCGGCAGGGAAGAAAUGGAUUUGGGUGCAGGUGAUCAGGGUUUGAUGUUCGGCUACGCGACUGAUGAAACUGACGAAUGUAUGCCUCUUACUGUUGUUUUGGCGCACAAACUAAACCAGAAGAUUGCAGAAUUGAGACGAAGCGGUGAAUUAUGGUGGGCACGUCCUGAUUCUAAAACGCAGGUGACCUGUGAAUAUAUCAUGGACAAUGGAGCUUGUGUACCACGGCGAGUUCACACAGUUGUUGUUUCCGUGCAACAUAGCGAGAAAGUAACGUUAGAUGAAUUACGUUUAAACGUUUUGGAAAAAGUAAUCAAGAAAGUUAUUCCCGCAAAAUAUUUGGACGAUAAAACUAUUUUCCACGUUAAUCCAUGCGGUGAUUUUGUCAUUGGUGGUCCACAGAGUGAUGCUGGUCUUACUGGUCGGAAAAUAAUUGUCGAUACGUAUGGCGGUUGGGGUGCUCAUGGGGGUGGAGCAUUUUCUGGAAAAGAUUUCACCAAAGUCGAUAGAUCGGCAGCUUAUGCAGCAAGAUGGGUUGCAAAAUCAUUGGUAAAAGCUGGUCUCUGCAGACGUUGUCUAGUACAGGUUUCAUAUGCAAUUGGAGUGGCAGAACCUUUGUCAAUUACUGUUUUUGACUAUGGUACUUCAAAGCAUUCGCAAAUGGAACUCUUGGAAAUUGUAAAGAAAAACUUUGACCUGCGUCCAGGAAAAAUUGUCAAAGAAUUAGAUCUUCGUAAUCCAAUUUAUCAACAGACAAGCACAUACGGUCAUUUUGGUCGUGAUGGAUUCAGUUGGGAACAACCAAAGACCCUAAAUCUUGAUUGAUGAGAAAGUUUGCCUAAAUCCCUUUGAACAUUUCUUAUUUAAAAAAAAACAAAACAAAACAAAAA